AUGGACCGCGGCGCCAGUGGUGAAUCCAGAGACCAGUGGGUCCGAGAGGUAAGUGGUGAGGAAUCCAAGGCGCGAUACUCCCAUUAUGAUUUGAACGACGCCGACGAGCAGGGUGAGAGCGCUGGUGUAGACGAGUGGGUCGAUGUAUUCUCCGAGGGGGUAGUAUUCAUCUGGGACGACGGUGGAGGUGUUGGCGAUGACGAGGCGUUCGGGCGCGUUGCGGAGGCGAGACGCACCCACCAUCAUAGACGCAACGGCGAAGACACCUAG